GCUACCACUUCGUACGGGGUAUUACCUAGGGAAAAAACACGUCUGAAUUAAAGCCACAGUUCGCUUCUGCUCAAGUGUGGCUUGAAUUCCGUGGCUGGUCUCCUACUCGUACUGCGGACUGUGUAUGUUUUUAUCGAAUUUUGCCUACAAGGUGUCCAAAUCAGUAAGGUCUUCAAAAACCCCUAGCACACUAAGCCAAAUCCCGUUAAACUUCCCCUCCAAAGAAUUUUCCCACUAUCUUCCUUCAUCAGAAACCACAUCCCACAAAUCUAUCCUCCCUAUACACAUCUCAACAUCUCUUUCAUUUCAACUCAAAACAAACCGUCAAUAUGAUUAUCUUUAAAGAUGUUAUCACUGGAGAUGAGAUCAUCUCCGACUCUUACGACUUGAAGGAGGUUGAUGGUAUCGUCUAUGAGGUCGACUGCAGCAUGAUCACUGUUGGCGCUGUCCAGGUUGAUACUGGUGCCAACGCUUCUGCUGAAGAAGCUGAGGAGGGUACUGAAGAUGCAGAGCAAAAGGUCAACAAUGUCGUUAACUCUUUCCGUCUCAACUCUACCUCUUUCGAUAAGAAAUCCUACCUUGUCCAUCUCAAAGGUUACAUGAAGACUGUUAAGAAGCACUUGGAGGAGUCAGGUGCUUCUGCGGAGGAAGUUACCAAAUUCGAGAAGGGUGCCGCCGCAUACGCAAAGAAGAUUGUUGGAGGUUUCAAGGAUUACGACUUCUUUGUUGGUGAAUCUAUGGACCCCGAUGGAAUGGUCGUUCUCAUGAACUACCGUGAGGACGGUGUUACUCCAUACAUCACUGUCUGGAAGCACGGUCUCAAGGAGAUGAAGGUUUAAGGGAAGAAACAGUUGUUGAGGAUGUUGGUUAUGGGAUAGGAGUUUUACUCUCUGGUGUAAUCCACCAUAUGGACUCGCAUCGUCCGACUCGAUUUUCGAGAUCUGAAUGCCAUCUACGAUAUUAAAAUACAAUGCAACUAAAUGAAUGAAUGAGAUGAUGUAUUUUUGUGCUCGAUGGUAGUGAUAUUCUAUUUCUCUGGUACUCGAGCUCUCAACUAUUUAACAUUUUCAAUCUUUUCAAUUUAUCCACUUGCGGUCUUUCUCAAUGUUUCCUUUUCCA